UAUUGGAAAAGUCUCAAGACAAUGUCAUCAAAGUGUGUGCCUCUGUAACAUUCAAGAACUAUAUUAAAAGGAAUUGGAGAAUUGUUGAAGAUGAACCAAACAAAAUAUGUGAAGCUGACCGAGUAGCUAUUAAAGCCAAUAUUGUGCACUUGAUGCUUAGCAGCCCAGAGCAGAUGCAGAAGCAGCUAAGUGAUGCCAUUAGCAUUAUUGGCAGAGAAGAUUUCCCUCAGAAAUGGCCUGACCUGUUGACGGAAAUGGUGAAUCGCUUUCAGAGUGGAGAUUUCCAUGUUAUUAAUGGUGUCCUUCGAACAGCACAUUCACUGUUUAAAAGAUAUCGCCACGAAUUUAAGUCAAACGAGUUAUGGACUGAAAUCAAACUUGUUCUAGAUGCCUUUGCUUUGCCUUUAACAAAUCUAUUUAAGGCCACCAUUGAACUCUGCAAUACCCAUGCAAAUGAUGUCUCUGCCCUGAGGAUCCUUUUUUCUUCCCUGAUUCUGAUCUCAAAACUAUUCUAUAGUUUAAACUUUCAGGAUCUCCCUGAAUUUUUUGAAGAUAAUAUGGAAACUUGGAUGAAUAAUUUUCAUACUCUCUUAACAUUAGACAAUAAGCUUCUACAAACUGAUGAUGAAGAGGAAGCAGGUUUACUGGAGCUCUUAAAAUCCCAGAUUUGUGAUAAUGCUGCACUCUAUGCACAAAAGUAUGAUGAAGAAUUCCAACGGUACCUGCCUCGUUUUGUCACAGCCAUCUGGAAUUUAUUGGUUACAACAGGUCAAGAGGUUAAAUAUGAUUUGUUGCUGCGGAUGAGGAAGCAUUUGAAGAUAACUCCGAGGAGUAUAUCAGAAGAGAUUUGGAAGGAUCUGGAAUAUGCAAAAAAUCCAUCUGUCAACUGGAAACACAAAGAUGCAGCCACUUACCUCGUGACGUCUUUAGCAUCAAAAGCUCAAACACAGAAGCAUGGGAUUACACAAGCAAAUGAACUUGUAAACCUGACUGAGUUCUUUGUGAAUCACAUUCUCCCUGAUUUAAAAUCAGCUAAUGUGAAUGAAUUUCCUGUUCUUAAAGCUGAUGGUAUUAAAUAUGUUAUGAUUUUUAGAAAUCAAGUACCGAAAGAGCAUCUUUUAGUCUCUGUUCCUCUUUUGAUAAAUUAUCUUCAAGCUGAAAGUAUUGUUGUACAUACUUACGCAGCACAUGCUCUUGAAAGACUGUUUACCAUGAGAGGACCUAACAACGCCACUCUCUUUACAGCUGCAGAAAUUGCACCGUUUGUUGAGAUUCUGCUAACAAACCUUUUCAAAGCUCUCACACUUCCUGGCUCUUCAGAAAAUGAAUAUAUUAUGAAAGCUAUCAUGCGGAGCUUUUCCCUCCUGCAAGAUGCCAUAAUCCCCUACAUCCCGACUCUCAUCAGUCAGCUUACACAGAAGCUAUUAGCUGUUAGUAAGAAUCCAAGCAAACCUCACUUUAAUCACUACAUGUUCGAAGCAAUAUGUUUAUCCAUUCGAAUCACUUGCAAAGCUAAUCCUGCUGCUGUUGUCAAUUUUGAAGAGGCUUUGUUUCUAGUGUUUACUGAAAUUUUGCAAAAUGAUGUGCAAGAAUUUAUUCCCUACGUCUUUCAAGUGAUGUCUUUGCUUCUGGAAACACAUAAGAAUGACAUCCCUUCUUCCUACAUGGCCUUAUUCCCCCACCUCCUGCAGCCAGUGCUUUGGGAGAGGACAGGAAACAUCCCUGCGCUGGUGCGGCUUCUCCAAGCUUUCCUAGAGCGUGGCUCAAAUACGAUAGCAAGUGCUGCUGCCGACAAAAUUCCUGGGUUACUAGGUGUCUUCCAGAAGCUGAUUGCAUCAAAAGCAAAUGACCACCAAGGCUUUUAUCUUCUCAACAGUAUAAUAGAGCACAUGCCCCCUGAGUCCGUUGACCAAUACAGGAAGCAAAUAUUCAUUCUGCUGUUCCAAAGACUUCAGAAUUCCAAAACAACAAAGUUUAUCAAGAGUUUCUUAGUCUUUAUUAAUUUGUAUUGCAUAAAAUAUGGAGCGUUAGCACUACAGGAAAUAUUUGAUGGCAUACAACCUAAAAUGUUUGGAAUGGUUUUGGAGAAAAUCAUUAUUCCUGAAAUUCAGAAGGUGUCCGGAAAUGUAGAGAAAAAGAUCUGUGCAGUUGGCAUAACCAAAUUACUAACAGAAUGCCCCCCCAUGAUGGACACCGAGUACACUAAGCUGUGGACUCCUUUAUUACAGUCUCUGAUUGGCCUUUUUGAGUUACCUGAAGAUAAUACCAUUCCUGAUGAGGAGCAUUUUAUUGACAUCGAAGACACACCGGGCUACCAGACUGCUUUCUCACAGUUGGCAUUCGCUGGGAAAAAAGAGCAUGAUCCUGUCGGCCAGAUGGUGAACAACCCCAAAAUCCACCUGGCUCAGUCCCUUCACAAGUUGUCCACGGCCUGCCCGGGACGGGUCCCAUCACUGGUGAGCACCAGCCUCAACGCAGAAGCGCUCCAGUACCUGCAAGGGUACCUGCAGGCCGCCAGUGUGACGCUGCUGUAGCAGCCUCUUCCUGCUGAGCUAGCUCGUCACGCCCUGCGGGUGCCGGAGAUGGUCACAUUCGCCUCGCAGCGGAGCUGCAUUGCCACAAGGAAAGUUUUCUUUUUCAACUCAUCACAAAUUAAAUGUUGCUUUAAGCUGAACCUUGAGCAAAUAAGGUGGUCUGUGUGAUGGCUAAAAGUGAGUGACGCCACCCCACCCCACCCCCCAAUAAUCCCCCCAGUCGGUCGUGUCAAGGGCCUCGGCCUGAGAGACCCAGGGUGUGCAGAGCGAGCACUGGCCCGCCACAGCGCAGCCUUUCUGACUCAGCCUUUGUUUGGAGACUACUGCCCUUCAUAUUUUUCUUGUCUUUGUGUGUUUUCUUAAACUGUCAUUGGAAUUGUAAGUAAAAAAUCAUGUAUAAUUUGCCAACCA